AUGCCGCAGGACAUGCCCCCCGUGGGCGGGUACAACCCCGUUCAGUACAAGCGCAACCUGCCCAUUCGCGGCUUCCGACCGGCUGUGUACCUCGUUGGAACCGGCGUACUCAUGACAUACGGAUUCUGGAGGGUUGGACAGGGAAUCAGGGAGCACAACGAACUCGCGCGCGAGAAGAUGUGGGCACGGAUACAUUUGAUUCCUGCUCUGCAGGCCGAGGAAGACCGCGACCAAGUGCGCCGGUACCUCGCCGACAAGGCCAGGGAGAAGGAGCUGCUCGGCACAGAGACGAGGGUUUACAACAGCGACAGGUUCGUGCGACCGACGUUCGCCAUCACACCCGAGAACGAGACAAAGUAGAGCAUGGGUUGUUGGGUGGGGGGAGAUGUGUGGGGUACGAUUGUACAUAUAAGAGCAGGAGGGUGCGGAAAGUACGAAUGGUGCCCUUAGUGGCCGCACCGCAUAGGAGAGUGCACGACAAUCGAAUCUAUGUUUUCCUUGGUUACAUUCACAUGUGUUGUCAUCCUCCCCAACCACGGUCACGUCUGUCUGAGCUAGUCGCUCGGAUAGCAGAAAUGGAAGGUACUCGGUGCUGUUUGGCAGGCCAUCUGCAAUCUGAUAAAGCCUCUUAAAACUGCAGUGGUUUCUGUGUCACAGCCG